AUGGAAGACCUCAUGAAAGCAUUGUCAGAACCAACAGCGACUGGAAUGAAUGGGGAACCCGCCAAUCUGGACUUGGGUAGUAAUCGAACACCAGAGCUGCUCAGUGGUGAACGAACAGUCACACCGCAGAUGGUUCACAUUGGUGAAGGUACAGUCACACCCCGGAUGCUUCACGUUGGUGUUGGUGAUGAAGGAGGUGGUCUCGAAGACGUGGAUGAGAACGGUGGUAUAAAAGCUGACGACAGAUGGUCGUCAGCGCCAGCGCCAGCGUCAGUCGGAUACUGCCCGGAGUAUGUGGGCCCCGGAGAUGAGGAAGGCCCACAGACAAGUGAUGGUGAAAGCGCGGUGUUGUUUUUGGGCACGCUGCAUCGCAGGUAUAUGAGAGUUGAAACGGUAAUGUGGAACUAUUUUACAUCGACAACGGGGGUGUUGUGGAUCCGGUGGGAUGUCAAAGUAGAACUGCGCAAAUUUCAAGAUUUGGAGGCAGAGAUGGAGAAGAUGAAGGAUUGCGUUGGGGGAAUGUACGAGAGGCAUGUUGUGUUGUUGAUAAUGUUCACAGAUGCACCCGGCAAGAUGGGGAGGUUUGAGGGGACUGCGAAUGUUUAUCAUUCGGGAGGGGGCCCCGAGAGACUCAUGGCAGAGGAAUACAACGACGAAGUGAGGGGAAACAUGAUAUUUGGAAUGAAAGUGAGAAGCGGAGGUGGAAUAGGUGUGGAUCCUAAUGUCACGAGGAGAGCAGAUCUGUUGGAAUCGGCACUGGGUGAGAGGUAUCAGAGCGUGCGGACGGUAAAACAAUGA